UUAAAUUUUGCGCACUAUACACGGAAAAAACGGUAUCCGAAAGACUCGGGACCUCGGAAGUCUCGCGAGACGAGAGCAGGUUAACCUGGUCUCAUUUGAAAGUGCGUCAAGGCAUCUUGUGUUUUGCAAGUAAAAGCUGCACGAUCAUGGAAGAUAUAAUCCCUUGUCUCGACGAAGAGCCAAAGCUAGAGGAGCCCACUGCAUCCGUCAAAUCGGAAAACAGUGAAACAGGUCCCGAGACACCCAAUGGCAUCAAGACGGAUGCUGAGGACCCCAAAAGCCCUAAAGAGAAACAUGAAGGCAAAGAGAAGUCCUCCGGAAGCCGAAGAGGAGGUCGCUACCAUCCUUACAAAGACAAACAUGGUGGCGAAAAGAAAGGUGGUCAAAAGAACCGGGUGUUCAUCAGCAACAUCCCGUAUGACAUGAAAUGGCAGGCAAUUAAAGAUCUCAUGCGUGAUCAAGUCGGGGAGGUUACAUACGUGGAGCUCUUUAAGGAUGCAGAAGGAAAGUCAAGGGGUUGUGGUGUUGUGGACUUCAAGGAUGAAGAGUUUGUGAGCAAGGCAAUAGAAACUAUGAAUAAAUAUGACCUGAAUGGAAGACCUCUCAACAUUAAGGAGGACCCUGAUGGUGAACAUGCCCGGCGUGUGCUGCAGCGCAUGGGAGGCCACCAAGGAGCCCGGGGACCUGACGUGGGAUCUGGUGGAAUGAAUGUCCCCCCCGCCAUUGCCAACAACCCCAACAUUCCACCUGAAAUCAAGCACGCGUUGCAAACCGGUCGACUGGGCAGCACGGUGUUUGUGGCCAAUCUUGAUUUCAAGGUAGGCUGGAAAAAGCUAAAGGAAGUGUUCAGCAUGGCAGGUGCGGUAAAAAGAGCCGACGUGAAGGAGGACAAGGAUGGCAAGAGCCGUGGAAUGGGAACAGUGACUUUUGAGCAGCCCCUGGAGGCUCUGCAGGCUAUUUCCAUGUUCAAUGGACAGAUGCUCUUUGAUAGACAAAUGCAUGUCAAAAUGGAUGAUAGAUCCCUUCCGCCUGAUGAUUACCGUCCAAUGGAAAAGACACCUCAAUUACCACGAGGUCUUUCUGGUAUCGGUAUGGGACUAGGACCAGGAGGGCAGCCUCUCAAUGCAAACCAUUUGAACAGCGGAGGAGGCAUGGGCUCCAUGGGGCCAGGAGGGAUGGAUGCGCCAGGUUAUGGUGGAAUGAACAGACUUGGGGGAAUGGGUGUUGGCGGUGGGUUUGGAGGCAUGGACAACAUGGCCAACCUGGUUAACUUUGGAGGAAGAGACAUGAUGGCGAUGGGCAGGAUGAACGAUAUGUUUCGGUCAAGAAUGGGCGGAAUGGAUCGGGAUUUUGGCAACAGCGACAUGCCAAUGAAUCGUGGAUUUGGAGAUUCCUUUGGAGGAAUGGGUGGAAGUUUUGGCGGAGGCAUGGGCGGAGGUGGCAUGGGGAGCAUGGGGACUGGAUUAGGUGGUGGGAUGGGCAGUAUGACGAUAGAUCGCAUGGGCUCAGGCUUUGACCGCAUGGGAAUGUCAGGAAUGGACAUGAACCGCGGCUUUGGAGCUGGCAGCCCAAGUCACAUGGGCAUGUCUGACCGAGGCUUUGGGUCCAAAGCUGGCUGUCAGAUAUUUGUGCGAAAUCUCUCCUAUGAACUUACAUGGCAAAAGCUUAAAGAGAAGUUCAGUCACUGCGGCCAUGUCAUGUUUGCAGAGAUCAAGAUGGAGAACGGCAAGUCAAAGGGCUGCGGAACAGUGAGAUUCGACUCUCCAGAGAGUGCAGAGAAAGCCUGCCGGAUGAUGAAUGGAACAAAGAUCAAUGGCCGAGAGGUGGAUGUCCGUAUUGAUCGUAAUGCCUAGAAGUUUUUGCAAGGAAACUGCUUCACUCAUUUCCACAUUUUGAGCCAUGUUUGCCAGUAAGCUCUUGUUUUGUUUUAAAAACACAAUUACAUUGCGUCACCUAAUUUCACGUCCGCAGAUUUCAUUUGUUUCUGUUAAUACAGUAUAUACAACAUGAGUCCUUUUAUCUGUUGUUUUGUAAUCCUUGUUUUUUGAUUGCCUGGCAAAAUGUUUGAACAAAUAAACAUUUUAAUUUUUAAA